AUGAUUUCCUUUUCCAAUACAAUUGUUAUCUUAUUAUCUGUGCUAUUAAGUGCAGCAGUCGCCUUACCCCUAAUGAAGAGAGAUACUAUUACUCUAGGUAACAAUGGCUGGUACCUUGACAUGACCUCAACUGAUGAAUCUGCUUGGGCUAACUCUGUUUCCACUGUCUGUGCUAAGACUUCUACUGGUGUUUGUGUCGGUGAAUCUGUUGUUGCCACCAUUCUAACUGCUUUGAUGGCUCUAGGUAACACUGGUGCUACUGACAGUCAAACUGGUUCUGAUGUUACCUCUCAUACAAUUGGUUACACAAAUGGUACUCAAUCUAGUGUUGUCGGUUCUGACGGUACUACCACCAUUGCUGCCCCAACUACUACCACCACUUCUGCUCAUGUUAACCUAUUAUCCAAGAUAUUGUCUGAUGUCAAGGCUGUGCCAACCGAAAUUGCUGACAGUUUCGAAAAUGCUGGUCUAAAAUUGCUUGGUGUUUACAAUCUGACCAACGCUGCUAAGACCAUAUCUCAAAUCCACAACACUACGAAGACUGUCGAAGAUGAUAUCAAGUCUAAGAUCUCUCAAGCCGUCGGUAAUGUUGAAAGUCGUGCUGAAGCUGCGAAAAGUCGUGUGGAUGCCAUCAAGACCAAAAUCCAAUCUGCUGUUAAGAACGAAGUCUCUCACGUCGAAUCCGAUACUAAGACUGUUGCUAGUCACGUUGCCAACGAUGUUGAAAGUACUAUCGAUACUGUUCUACAUUUCAACUCUUCUCUAGGUCAACAUUUGGUCACUGCUAUUGGUGACACUAACUUAACUGAACUUGCUGAUCUUAUCUCCAAGGCUAUCCCAGGUGUCCCAUCCUUCGAGAAUAUCACUGAAGAUGUUGAAAGCACUGUUGUAAACAUCGCUGAUAAGGUAAAAGAUGCUGCUAAGAAUUCAGUUUCUGAGUUGCAAUCUGCAAUCUCUAAUCUAGAAUCAAAGAUCUCAUCUGACAAAGACAACAUACAAGGUGCCAUUGACAACGUCAAGACCGUUACUGAGUCUGUUGCAAAGAAAGUUGAAUCUGCUGCUCAAAACACUACCAAGAACGCUAUUAACUGGAUCUCUUACAACAUCAAAAACACUGACACUGAUAUAGCUGAUGUUAUCUCUCAACUACCAACUUUCAAUGUUACCAAGUUUUCUAGUGAAAUUUCCAACUUUGUGGAUAACCUAGGUGACUUCAAGUUCUGCCUAUCUCCAUCUACUGGUUACAAUGUUUCUUACACUUCUCCAAGUACCAUUUUCGGUGAAGUCUAUUUCAACACUUACGGUGGUGUCGAAUCUCAAUGUCAAUAA